CCCGGCCAUGGCCCCCGGGCCACCAGCCCUGGGGCAGGGCAGGAGGCAGCGCUGAGCCAAGCUCGCAGGCCCCGACGCCCCCUCCUCGGCCUGGGCCCCGGCCCCUCCCCGGGCCAGACCCCCCGACGCCGCCCUCCCCGCGCCCCCCUUGAGCGGCUGUCCCCCUCUCCCCCGCGGCUCUCGGCGCCCGGACGAUGCUCAAGUCCCGGCUCCGCAUGUUCCUGAACGAGCUGAAGCUGCUGGUGCUGACGGGCGGGGGGCGGCCCCGGCCCGAGCCUCAGCCCCGGGGGGGCGGGGGAGCCGGCUGCGGCUGGGGGCCCUUUGCCGGCUGCUCGGCCCGGGACAGCGACGGCGACGACGAGGAAUACUACGGGUCGGAGCCACGGGCCCGGGGGCCGGGGGACAAGGAAGCUCGGGCUGGACCCCCGCCGCCGCCCCCUCCUCCUCCACCUCCUGCCCCUGGCGGCCUGGACUCCCUGUCUCUGAGCAGCAGCCUGGACAGCGGGCUCCGAACCCCCCAGUGCCGGAUCUGCUUCCAGGGGCCGGAGCAGGGGGAGCUCUUGAGCCCAUGUCGGUGUGAUGGUUCUGUUCGCUGCACCCACCAGCCUUGCCUCAUCCGAUGGAUCAGUGAGCGUGGAUCCUGGAGCUGUGAACUCUGCUAUUUCAAGUACCAGGUCCUGGCAAUAAGCACCAAGAACCCACUGCAGUGGCAGGCCAUCUCCCUGACAGUCAUUGAGAAGGUCCAGAUUGCAGCCAUCGUCCUGGGCUCCCUUUUCCUUGUCGCCAGCAUCUCCUGGCUCAUCUGGUCUUCACUCAGUCCAUCAGCCAAGUGGCAGCGGCAGGACCUGCUCUUCCAGAUCUGCUAUGGCAUGUAUGGCUUUAUGGACGUCGUCUGCAUUGGUCUCAUUGUUCACGAGGGCUCUUCUGUCUACCGCAUCUUCAAACGCUGGCAGGCGGUGAAUCAACAGUGGAAGGUCCUGAACUAUGACAAGACCAAGGACUUAGGAGGGGAUGCAGGAGCGGGGAUGGCAGGGAAGCCAGGCCCCAGGACCUCACGGACAGGUUCCCCACCUGGGGCCACUGGCCGCCCUCCAGCUGCCCAGCGUGUCCGGACGCUCUUGCCCCAGCACUGUGGCUACACGAUUCUGCACCUGCUCGGACAGCUCCGGCCACCAGAUGCCCGUUCCAGCUCCCGAUCUGGCCGAGAGGUUGUCAUGAGGGUCACUACUGUCUGAGCUAAACUCUCAGGAAAGGAGGACCCUAAAGUCAGUGCACUGGCUGGAGAUGUGGUCCAGCCCCUGCUGAGCAUCUUCCCUGAACCAGUGGAGAUUUCACCAAGAUAAGGUGUUGCUCCCACACCUGACCACCCUCACACAUCAAGGGAUCUCUGAUGUUGACAUGACCGAUGGAGAUAGUAUCUGGCCCCCGCUGAUCACUCAUCUUUCCCUGGGGCAAAGAUUCCACCUGGAAGAAAUUUCAAUCCUCAUUGAUGGCCGCUUAUCCUCCUGGGAAGUGGGGAGAACAUGUUUUCCCCUGGAGAGAGUGGAGAGAAUCAUCUUUACCUCAGCUCACACGGCCUCUGGCCCCCCAACUCCACAGGGGUGAUUUGGUGAAGGGGGGCCAGUGCCAGGAGGAAGGGGCUACCAACUCACCCACCCCUCCUACUCUAUGGCCACAGGGCAUCUGGCAAUAAGACUAGUGUAUAUCCACCUCCUGCUCCCUGCAUGAGGGCAGGGGGAUCUACCCCUGCCUACCCCCUCUUGUUUGAGGGGAGGGCAUAAAGAGUCAUUUAUAUGCAAAUGGAGGCUCAUUUCUUGUCCAAGGAUUGUGGGAAGAUUUGAGGUUUUGGGGGGAGGUUUUGUCUACACAGGUUGCAAGUCCCAAAGCACUUAGUAAGUUAACUCUUUUUCUCCCUAUCAACCCAUAAUGAUUUAUUUCAAGUGGUUUAGCAAACACUUGCUGGUGAAUAAUUCACUUUAAUUGUGUAGUUGGCAAGGCUCAGAAUGGUCUGGUGGGGAAAAAAAAAAUCAUACACCCAGAAAUUUGAAGGCCUAUAUUCUACUCCUCUGUGCCUCAGUUUCCCUAUCUACCUCACAGGAUUGGUGUGAGGAAAAUGAGUUGUAGGUAAAUUCACAUGGCAAAGAAAAUUUCUCAAUGACCAAAUGUUUUCCAAGACCUGAGCUUUUGUUUCUGGUUGCAUUCUAUACACCAAAUCACUGAACAUCAAAAUAAUUUGGCAUUUGGAUAGUACCUUGGAGUUUUCUGUAAUGGGAUGUGAUAGACAUGGAAAUGCUUUAGAAAAAAUAUGACAUAAAUGUGGGAAAUUGUCAUUUUCUAAGUGUGAGAACCCAUAAGAAUAAGGUGGAAAUGAAGGUUAGGAACAAGUUUCAUUAGAUAUCCUUUCAUCCAUCUGGGAGGUGGGUGAAGGCAGAAUUUAUAGUGUAGAUAUUUUGGGUUAGGAGACUCCCUUUCAGGCUGUAUUUUCAGUGACUAAUGGUAUAAAGUGGAUUCUUAUUCACUUGGACCAAUACUGGCCUCCUUGAAUAUAGCCUCUGGGCCCUCAGCUUCCUCUGAUUUAUGUUGCCUUUCCAAUAAUUACAUGUCUCAGUUCAGACCUGGGCUUACUCAGGCAGUUUGUGUUAACCAGCAGGAUUAGGGUUUUAUUUCAUUCUCUUCCUAUAAAUUUUAUCAAAAGUAUCAAAUUGGGGGGGGGCAGCCCCCCUGGGAUCUAGAUGUGAAUUACUGACCAUUUGUGAGAGGAUAUUGUCUGCAGACAGCGCGGAGUGGUAUCAAGUGGCUAUGGACUGGUCCUGAAUAUGGGUCAACACUAGGCCUGGUCACUUCUUACCCAGGAGGCCCUGAGACUAUGUGCCCUCUGGUCUAUGCUGUCAUGCUAAGUGAAUUAUUCAUCAGCAGUGAGAAUAUUCAAGUUCCAUAAUGGACUUGGGAGUAGAGUUUAAAGGGUUGAAAUCAUUCAUUUCCUAUUAUCGUUAGUCUUUCCUGUAGGGAAGGUCUGAGCAUCCUUCGAGGAGCUGUUUUGGGGAAAUACUUCUGCCUUGACUGCAAUGACUUCCUCUCACCUCUUUGUGAUCAACUGAGACCUGAGCUUGAAAGAUCCCCUUCCUCUCCCAGCACCAAUCUAGGUGCUGUCCAUGGUGCUGUCCUUAUAGACUAACUCGAUAGCAGGAGUGGGAUAGUGGUGUAGGGAGCUGAGUGGAAGGAAAAUGUUUUCCCCUUAUUCUCGGUCACCCAGAGGUGCAGAUAUACUUCCCUCCCGCCCACACUACUUAUUUUCCCAGUCACUAUCUCAUUCUAUCCUCCCUUACACCCUUCCCUCCUUUGCCCCAUCUCUGAAGUCAGGUCAGAGUGGAUAGGGGGCUAAGGUAGGGCUGGAUUCCUAAUGGGCAAUUCUGCCCUACUGGAAAGAGGGCACUUGUGUUCCCUUGUCUGUUACUUUACCAUCCACAAGGCAGCUCUUUUUCUAGAAAGUGACCACUAGCACAUACACAUUUGCUGACAUGCUCAGGCAAAGAUAUACAGGUUUGGGGGUGUAUUUGCCAAAUCCUUUCCACCUCCAGGCCCUCUCCCAGUGAGUAAUGGCCCCACAUUGAGACUCAAACAUAUACAGCUACUUACAUACAUAUCACCCUUCAGGGCCUGAGCCUGGGCCAAGUGCGUCAGUGCCUUUCCCCUUCUUCCUGUUUCUGAGAGAAGGCCUCAGUAAAGUGGCUGAGGGUGAGACUAGAGCAUGGAGGGAAGGGAGGGCAGAACAGUUCCCUUUUCCAACUUAGGGGUCCCUGUCUAGGAAAAAUUUGAAAUUAUUGCUCCUCUAGGAAAGGUCAUUGAGUGCUGUUUUGGGUAAUCCUGCAACAGGUUGAUGGACAGGUGGGUUAAGGAUAAAUACCUCUCUCUUCAGACCUAGACUUGGGGACGAGAAACUGGGUUAAGGUUAACUUGAACCUGGGGGGGCGGGAAUGCAAAACCCUGAAGUCACAAGUGGUCUUCAGUCUGGUCAAGGUUCUGAUGUACACAGGCUUUUGAAUCCAGGAAGAAUAGUAAUGGGGAGGCUGGAGGAGAACAAUGGUAUUUAAUAUACACACAUAUUUGUGCCUGCACAAUGAUACAAAGAACUUGUAAGUCCUAGACUUUUAUAGACUUUGUAUGGAUAUUAUAUUCUCUCUCAGAAAGCCUGGGAUGAGAGAGAGCCUCCUGUCUCCCACUGAGCUAUGACUAGUAGGGGAAAGGGAAUGAAACUUGAUCCACUGAUAAUUGUGGUGGUGCUAAGAAAGGGGGCAAGUCCUGACUGGGUUGGUUACCUGAGCUUUCAGGGGGGCAGGGUAGAACCAGGUAGAAGUUACUGACAGAUUUAUUGCAGAAGAAAAAUGAGUUAAUCCAUAUUUAAAUCACAAGGGGGAGAACUGUGCCCAGAAUCUGAAGGGCUGGGGGGCAUGCUGAGUCAAAGAAUUAGAAAUUCCCUCUGCCUAAUCAGCCUUUACCCCUCCUGUAUCAGUGCCUGAGGGUUUCUGCUUGGCUCCAUACUCAGUAUACAUCAUCUCUGUGCAAAAAUA